CAAACGCCACUGCUCUCAGUCGGACCUGGUCAAUGGGUCUUUUCUGAUCCCUUGGAUUCCUUUUGUAAAUGGAAACCCGUCGCACGACCUCUCGUUGACACAAUGAUCUCCAUCUCAUGUCCCUUUUCCACACCCUCGAGAGGACGACCAACACAGUUGUCUCCAACGUAGGGCGACCGAUAUUGACUUUUCUAUGUCCCUCCUUGUUGUCGCGCCCCUUCCGACGCAUGUUCCGCCCAUCCGCCGCAGAUAGACGGCCGAGAAUAUCGCUGCCAUCCACCGAACUCAUGGACACUCUCUUCAUCCAGGCAUUGGCGUGUGCGGGAUCCUGCGAGCAACAUGCAAGGCAGAUAUCGACUAUGCGAAAAAUCAUACCAUUCGCAUCAAAACACCAUAAGAUCCGACGGAAGAGCACGUUCAAUGACGAUCGGCGAGAAUUCCAAUCCUCCCGUUCCGAACGUCGCCCUUUCAAUAGAUUCAAGAAGUUUGCGGAGAGGGAAUUGAAGGCAUUAGUGGACUACUAUGGCAUUCAAUUAGAUUCCGGCCCGGAAGGAGACCAGUUCGUGGAUGAUGGGCCGCUUAUAUGGAACAUUGGGGACGAGCACCAGCCCUGGCCUGUGCGUGAAGAACUUCACAAGGCAUACAUUGAGAAAUUGGUGGAACUGUUGGUGGAUGAAGAAACCCCGCACAAAGAGGUCUACUCCACUUAUAAAUUGCUUCCAUCUCCCGGCGUGGUCUAUCUCGACAUCAAAACAAUCCGCGCCCUUCUCCACCAUCUCUCCAUCGUAGAGCGAGCGGACCAACUCUCCAUGCAGCGUUUUCUUUCUAUAUUAGACGACAUGAAAGAUGCACACAUCCACAUCAUCCGCUCGGAAUGGACCUCUGCUAUUUACUUUGCAGGACGCUUCAUGGGCAAGGUAUCCGAAGACGAAGUCGAAUCGUCACUCUUCAUCUGGCGGGAAAUGGAGAAACGCGCCGGCCUAAAAGGCGGCACUGUCACCAUGAGCGUUCUCUUCGACAUCUGCGUUAAGGCUGGAAAGUAUACUUUAGCCGAAGCCUUCCUAAAAGAGAUCCAGGCCCGGAAGCUCAAGAUCCAUCGGCACUUUCGUGUGAGUCUGAUAUAUUACUAUGGCGUUCUGCAGAACGGGAACGGUGUUCGAAAAACAUACCAGGACCUCGUCUCUGCGGGCGACAUUGUAGACACCGUCGUCAUGAACGCCGUCAUAGCAGCCCUGUUCCGAGCCGGGGAGCCCGCAGCCGCCGAACACGUCUUCGAACGCAUGAAGCGCUUGCAUGCGACCAAAAAAAACCCGAAACCGCCUCCUCGGCGCUGGCGUGAUGCCCGCAAAUUCGGUCUCGAUCUUACAUACAACGGCAGACGUUUUCACGAGCAAAAAGACGCCGAAGCACUCAAAAACGCCCAGGACUUCGCCCCUAUAGCUCCAGAUACACGAACCUAUGGUCUCCUGAUUCGACACUAUGCAGCCAUAGCCGGCAACAUCGACCGUGUAACCGAACUCCUCAAUGAAAUGCAUUUAAACAGCAUCCCACCUGACGGCACCAUCUUCAUUGUCAUCCUCUAUGGGUUUUCCUCCUUCGGGGGCGUACGCUACUCCUCCUGGACCCGCGACCGUCUCGAAUCCCUAUGGCAACAGUAUCUCCAAGCCACGCAAAUCGGCGCUCAGAGAACAUGGAUUAGUUCGAUGGCGGUCGUUGCCGCGUUGAAGGCGUUUAAGAAGUGUACGGAUAGCGAGAGGACGCUGAAAGCUUGGGAAGAGGUGAGGAGGGUUUGGGAUCCAACGCCUGAGGAAGUGGAGAUGUGUUUGAAGGCGUUGAGAAGGCUGGUUCCAGAACAAGGGUUCUUUGAGGGGAAUGUGCGCAGGUGAAGAUGUGGUGUUUUGAUUGUGUGUAUACGUGUACAAUAACAAGUAAAAAUUUAGGUAGCAAUGAUUGGUAGAGAACAUUGAUGCAUAUAGAUGCCUUUGGAGGAGAACAUCCAUAUACUACAAUGCCAUUAUUUACU